AUGAAAAACGGAACCCUUUAUAUCUUUCUGUUAAAAGGGACGUACGCAUAUACGGCCGAUAGAAAUUGGGAAAACGAUGUGGAGGUAAAAAGAUCUGGUUGUAACCCGAACAUUACGCGUGACAUUGCUUAUCAACUUAUCAAUGGAGAAACAGGGAGAAAUUUCAACGUCAUAUUAGGAGGUGGAAGGAAGAUGUUUCUGCCAAGGGGACAAUUUGACGAACAGGGCCAGGAAGGGAGUAGAUUCGACGGGCUUAAUCUGAUAGAAAAAUGGAAACAAUUCAAAUCGAAGACUGGCAAAUCCGAGUACGUUUGGAACAGGAACCAACUCGUCAAGUUAGGCGAAGUGCAAAAUUUACUGGGGCUUUUUACUGACAGUCACAUGAGUUUCGAUUUGGAUCGCGAUCCAAAUGUAGAACCGAGUCUGACAGAAAUGACUCAAGCAGCUAUAAGCGUCUUGUCAAAAAAUGAUAACGGAUACUUUUUGUUUGUGGAAGGUGGAAUGAUAGAUCAAGCCCAUCAUCUGACUUACGCCCAAAAAGCUCUGGGAGACACCUUGGCUUUUGCUGACGCAGUACAGAGGGCAGUUGACAUAACAGGAAGAGACGACACGUUAAUAGUUGUGACAGCUGACCACGGGCAUACGUUAACAUUUAAUGGUUAUGCUGGUAGGGGUAGUGACAUUUUUGGAUUAGCAGGAUUGGGAGAGGAUGGUUUGCCAUACUCGGUUCUCACGUACUCCAAUGGUCCAGGAUACGCGUAUGAUAAAAGUGGAAAAAGGCGGGAUUUGAGAGAAGACCACAUGGGCAAAAAAGAUUACAAAUUUCCUGUUCAAAUUCCGCUCAGUCGGGAAACUCACGACGGGGAAGAUGUGCCAAUUUAUGCUUUGGGACCAUGGGCCCACUUAUUUAGUGGGGCAUACGAACAAAAUGUCAUACCGCAUGUAAUCGCUUACGCGUCAUGCGUCGGCGACGGGAUCACUGCUUGCGAACAAGACAUGCGAAGAAAAAGAAGAAAGAGAUCCUACAAAUUUGCACGUCCUCAUAGAAAAAAUUAACAUCAGAAACAGUUUCUGAUUUUCUGUUAGCUAAUUUUGUGUCAAACGUUUAAUUUUAUCUGUGAUAAUAUAAGUAAUUAUUAUUUAGUUAACACUGUACCUACCGUGCUAACUAACAACAACAACAACAACAUUGUGUAACUCUAUCUUACAUAUUCAAUUAAUAAA